AUGUUCUCCACCAAACUCACCCGCGCCGCCCACCGCGCCAUAGUCAACACCCACACCCCGUCCCCGACUCCCUCGGCCUUAUCUUCCGCCUCGACCUGCACCACCGUCCAUCGACCAACAACCUCCCGCCCUUCACACCAGCGCCGGCCAUCGAGCAGCAAAGCGUCAUGUCCGCCCGAUAGCAGUAAACCUACUCCUGCGGCGAAAGGUGCGGCUGCAGUGACGGCGACAUCGGCCGAGGAGUCUCAGGCACAGUCACAAGCCACGCCGAAGAAUGUGAGGAAGUCGAAGAGAGGAGCUUAUGGGCCGCGAACGAGUAAAGUGGCUGAGGUGUUGAUGCCGGGGAGGGAGAGGGAGAGGGAGAGGGAGAGUGAGAGGCAAGGCCAGACUGCGGAUCAGUUUGCUCGUCUGCCUGCCGUGCCUGGCGUGCAGCAUUUGGGAGACAAGGACGUCGGCCUCUCCUCCUUCUUCUCCCUCCACCGCCCCAUGUCCGUAACCACCACCAUCCCCCCUCCCGCCUCAAUCGAAGCCUUCAACACCAUCUUCGACACACGCCUCACUCACGACCCCUGGGCCGACGGCGACUCCGCCCAGCGAAGACCCGAAGACGUAAUCUACACCCUCCACAACACCAUCGAGAGUCUCGAAACCAAGGCCCGCGCAAACCAAGACGACGGCGUGCGAUGGGAAGUGAUUCAAGAAUCCCCCACAAACGCCGAUAAUGGAGUGAAACAUCUUGACGGUGCACCGAUGCCUAAGAUCAAGAGUCUGGAGGAGCUAGUGGCGCAAUUCACACCCUUUCGCCCUCCACCGCCACCGUCACCUUUUGCAUCCGAGCAGCAGCAGCAGCAGCAGAAGACAACAAGUACAAAACGAGCAACCACCAAGGCAUCGAGUCGAAGGCCGCUAGCAGUACCUACAACAACACAAGCAACGGGACAAAAGAGCUACCAAACCACCAUCACCAUCCUCGAGACCACGGCCGCGAAUGGCGAACAAUCUUACUCAGCCUCUCAUACCCCGAUCGUGCAGGUCACGGAUCCCGCUCAGCAGACGAGUCUGGAGAACGGCAUCCGCGACCCCUCCUCUACAGAAGAGGUCAAGCAACCGCGAAGAACGAACUUCAUGCAACGCAGACGUGCGUUCCUCCUCUCCUCCCACCAGCAGCGAGCACACCUCACAAGCAGGGCAGGAAGCGCAAUACACCGGGGACGAGCGAUCAAGCACGCGCCCUCUACGGCGGGGAAGGGGAAUGUAAGGAUGUAUGCGAUUUCGGUCAAGAGGCAGCGGAAGUUGAAGAUGAAGAAGCAUAAGUAUAAGAAGUUGAUGAAGCGGACGCGGAAUUUGAGGCGGCGGUUGGAUAGGAAUUAG